CUUUCUCUACUUAAUCAGCUGUGAUGGGAGAAGACGCCAGGCAAGCUAGCGCUGCCUUAGAUCACUGUGACAUACAGCGAUUCCAAUGCUCGUUUCCAGUGCCCUGCGCAAUGCGGACCACCCCUCUGACAGACUGCCAACUCAGACCAAUCUGGUUUAGUCUAUGCUUACCUGCUCUAUGAUACACUUGUCUUCUGCGCAGCACUGAAGAAAGUUUGAGAUUGACUUAGAAUUCUGGGAACCUUGAUUACCUUAAACAAACAAAAACUACAAUAUCGAUGGCUGUUAACGGUAUGGUCUGUUAUACGAGGUUCAAUCUGGAACAAUGGAAUGGACGUGUGUGUGUGUGUGUGUGUGUGUGUGUGUGUGUGUGUGUGUGUGUGUGUCUGGGAUGCGUCGGUUCCCAUGGAAACAUUGAUCCACGUUUGCUUAACCGAUUAGUAAAGGGGCGGGGUUACACAGGGGACGAGAGAGAGAGAGAGAGAGAGAGAGAGAGAGAGAGAGAGAGAGGGGGAGAGAGAGAGAGGGGGAGAGGGAGAGGGGGAGGGGGAGGGAGAGAGGGAGAGAGAGAGAGAGAAUGGGGUGUUAUUGCCUGGUUAUCCUAAUUAAAUGAGCGGCGCUCUGAAUUCCAGUUAGGGUAUUAGUGGUAGAAUUGGUAUUCGGGACAUUUAAAACCAGGAGCCAUUCCUUUAAGAUCCUAAUCAUAUCUCCGCCACUGAAACCGUAUUAUGUGCUGAACACCACAGCAUGCUAACGCAGACAUAAUACUCAAUAGUGUCUAUUUUUUAAUUCUUUAAUAUAAUUAAAAAUGGCGCAUCCUCAUUCUCAGGCCAAACAUAUAAUGCCACGCAGCAUAAUCCUGAUCGGGAAGUCCUGGACUGUGCGACGCAUCAAACCGCACAAACUGUAAAUCACCCUUAUGGGCCAAUUUAGAGAUGAAUGCCACUGGUAUGUAGGCCUACGAGGCACCCACGUGCGAUUCCCCUGCAUGAUGCAUCUCUCUUUUCCCCGCGUUGCUCACGUGCCCCCCGGCCUCCUCGGGUGUAUAGCGGACUCUGAGACGCAGGUGUGAAGUUAUGGCCGCCGCACAAGCAGCCAUUGCCUGCCAAUUAAUAUUAAACAGAUACGUUUUUUAAUGGAAAUGCAAAGAAAGCCCCCCUCGAUAUGGCUGUGCGAAGGGCUGAUCCACUUAAAGGGGAUUAUUUUCAUGUAACAUCUUUAUAAUCUUCAUAAUGAUGCCUGGAUUCCUAAAAGGAAUAAAGAAAUCAAAUCUGUUUCUUGUCAGCAUACGCCCAGGAGCACUCGCGUGAUUAGCUCUCUUUACGGUCGAUGUUGCCUCUUCUCCCAAACAUUAAGACUGCUUUUAACAGAUUACACCCCCCACAACCCCCCCCCCCCGCCCCGCCCCCUUGUGUCUCCUCCUCUUUCUUCUCCGCUGCUUGUUUCAUCCCAUCUUUCAGUUGAGCCAUUGCCUCAAAGCCUCAAAUUUCUUGUGAGAUUUCUCCUCUGUUGCACUGUGCCGGGCUGCCGAGUGAUCCAGGAGUUAUUGGGGUUCUGUGUGGGGAUGGGAGUGAAUGAGGCAAAGAAUGGAUGGCGAAUGAAGAUGUGAAUAUAAAAAAAUACGCUUGAAAAAGGGGAUUAUGAGAAGGAGAUGGAGCGGCUAAUAAUCUUCUGUCAUCUCCUACUUUUCCACGUUCUUCCAUCCACCGCAACUAACCUUAUUACAGUGGACCUAUACGAAGCAAGAGGUCAGCGCGUGUGCAGGGUGGGCCGGGAGAGGCCCUGUUACAAGCUGGCGUAUUUCUCCGACCCGCGGCGGCGACUGAACUUUGUGGAGGCGGAGCAGGCGUGCCGGCGGGACGGCGGGGAGCUGCUUGGCGUGGAGUCGGCGUCCGAGCAGCAGGUAAUCGAGCAGCUCAUCUCCGAGAUCCGCCCCACCGACGGGGACUUCUGGAUCGGCCUUCGCCGUAACCAUGGAGACCAGGAGAGCAGCUUGGACUGCUCCUCGCUGUACUACUGGGUCGACGGGAGCAAGGCCACGUACAGGAACUGGCACACUGACGAGCCCUCUUGUGGCUACGAGGUGUGUGUGGUGAUGUAUCACCAGCCGUCCGCGCCCCCCAGCAUGGGUGGACUGUACAUGUUCCAGUGGAACGACGACAACUGUGAGACGCGGAAUAACUUCAUCUGCAAAUACACAGCAGAGAAGACUUUGGAGGCUGCUGCUCCUCCCAACUCCACCCAGACUGAUGGGCUACUUACAUCUGCACUGCCCUGGGAUCCAGCCGACCGCAACAAAUCCAAGGACACAGGCCUGAAUUGGAUCUACAUCACGCUUCCUGUCAUUCCCCUGCUGUUACUUUUACUCACGCUGCUGGCCGUAUGCUGCUUAAAACUGUGCAUUGGGCGAAGGAGAAGGAGGCGGCAGAAAUCGGUAGUGUGCCACACAGAACCGGGCCUCUGCCCAGGUGCCACUUCGACGGACGUCUACAACGUCAUACGCUCCCAAAAAGAAGACGACCUGUCCACCACGCGACCGCAGACCAAAAACACCUCCUUCUUGUGCUCCUCUCCUGACACUCCAACCGGCGACUACGACAACAUGGGGGGUCGCGACACAGAGAGCGGCUUCGUAACGUUGGCCAGCACAGAAAGCGGAUUCCUCCACUAUGACCUCAACAACCUUAGCCUCGGGCGCCGCGGUACGACCGACAUGUACGACAGCAGCUCGGGUCGCUCUGGGAAGACUGAGGGAUUCGACCGCAGCCUGGGUCGCUCGACGAAGACGGAGGGAUUCGACCACAGCCUGGGUCGCUCUGGGAAGACUGAGGGAUUCGACCGCAGCCUGGGUCGCCCAACAAAGACAGAGGGAUUCGACCGCAGCCUGGGUCGCUCGACGAAGACUGAGGGAUUCGACCGCAGCCUGGGUCGCUCGACGAAGACAGAGGGAUUUGACCGCAGCCUGGGUCCCUCGACGAAGACAGAGGGAUUCGACCGCAGCCUGGGUCGCUCGACGAAGACUGAGGGAUUCGACCGCAGCCUUGAGCAGUCGGGGAAAAGAGACUCGUACGACACCGGCCUGUGGCGCUCAGACAACCAAGAGUUUUACAACAGAGCUCCGGGUAGACGCGCCACAAAGAGCGAGUUCUACGGCAGUGGCAGCUUCGUAGAGCAGGAGAUGUAUGGGUUCAGAAGAGAGAAAAGUGACCUUUACGACCCUUCCCUCGGUCCGGAAGCGAACAUGAUCAAGGCCGACCUGUACCAGACAUAUAUGACCAACGGCAAAGAGGGUUCGUACCAGACCAGAUUGGGAAACUACGGAAGUCAGAAUCCCUACCCAACAAACAUUGAUUGCUACAGAAGUGACCUUGGCUUCACUGGCAGCCGACGUUAUUUCAAUGAAGCACAAUGGGUCAAUAGUGAGGGCUACUGACCCAACUCCCAUGUUAUGUACAAAGCUUAAAGUAUAGGUCUAUAAAGCCAUAUGUUACAUGUGCACAUAUAUAUGAAGCCAUAUGUUCCUGCAGGGGCAACCGCAAAGUUGAUCUUCUUGAAAAUGUUAGUUACCUGGGGCACAAUCUCUGAGAUAGUCAGUUGAGGCAUGUAAUCCCAAACAAAUAGGAGUUAGGGAGACAACAUUUCUUCAUCUUCAUGAAGAAAAUGCACAUAGAAUUAGACUGGGGAUGGCUGUGGGUGUCCUGUUUGCAUGGCCUUGUUAUGUUGCCUUGUUUCAGAAUCCUGACAGUGCCUCCUUUUUGAGUGGCAAAGGAAACUGCCAACUAUUUCAAUAUUUAAUAUACCUUAAUAAGAGA